UCUUCUAACAUUCCCAUUCAUGAAGAUUGCGCAAGAUGCUUUAACGACAUGAAAAUCAACAAGAAAUAUGGCUACAUGAUCAUGUCGAUCAAGGACAAGAAAGAGGUGGUAAUCGAUGAAGUCGGAAAGCCGUUUCCCCCGGACUGCACCCAAAGGGAAAACGAAGAAGUGUUUAACAGACUGAGAGAAAGGAUUCUGGCUAAGGAGCAAGAACCUAAGUACCUAUUGUUUGAUUUUAAGCUGGAAACUAGUGAUGGCCGAAGAGAAAAGAUAGCAUUCAUCAACUGGUAAGUUCAGUAAGUGCUUAGGAAAACAUGAAUUAAUUAAGUUACAGCAGUCUUAAGUCUUGAUCUCCACUGGCACGUACGUUAUCUUGAACAGAACAGUGGGUUUCUAUAUAUUAUACUAUUACGCGCGACCAAUGCGUUAUGGUUCACGUGGUCCGAGCGAGAUUUUGAGGCCGUUCGUCUCGGAUGCGUCCCCAAAUCGUUGACCGAGAAGGCCUGGGAAUACACCGUACAAGGACUCGGUAACAUUUGGUACCAUACUACCACUUACCUGACCACGUCAGGUACUCUGUUCUUCUAGAUUGAAGAUCUUUUUGCGUCAUUUCAAAUGCUCUCUCGUCCUUGCUCGCUCUAUAAAAACUAACCCAAAAAACUAACAAUCAGCAGCAGAGGGAGCCCAUCAGGACUGAGUCUGGUACAUGUCAACUUUGCUGGUGAAAACUGUUUCGAGUGUAAGCUUCAUUUUUUUAGGUGCUCUGACAACUGUUUGGUCGAUAAAAAGAUGGUACAAUCAAGUACUGCGGAUGCGUUAAAAAAGGUUCUUCAAGGUGUUAGUGCGCACAUUCAAGCAAACGAUGCUGACGAGUUGGAAUAUAAUGAAAUCGCCAGGGAAGUUACACGGAAAAAGUAG